AUGGAAUCCGUCCUCACUGACCUCCACACACAGCUAGGACGCAGUGGCCAACGCCGCACGGAACUCGCCACCCGCGGCCGUUUCUGGCGGCCACAACUACGUUUGUCAGUCCAGCACUUUUGCCAGUCCUGCGCCACAUUCGCCACGUUCAAACCGCCCUCCCGAUCACCCCGUGCCCCGCUAAAGCCUACGACUACCGGUUUCCUGGGCGAGCGUGUCGGCCUGGUCAUCCUGCGACCCUUGCCGAUCUCGGUGCGCGGAUUCGAGUACGUCCUGGUCAUGGUGGACUACUUCACUAAGUGGGCAGAAGCUGUACCACUCCUCCGCCAGGACGCGGCAUCUGUCGCAAACGCCAUUAGCCGCACUUGGAUUAGCCGGUGGGGCGCCCCUUUGUCACUCCAUUCAGACUGCGUCCCCAAUUCCCAGUCACAACUCCUACAAGAGGUCUGCGAGAUUACAGAGAUUAAAAAACUCGGACUACCCCGUAUCACCCCGAAGGCAACGACCUCGUGGAAAGAACCAACCGAACAUCACACAACCUCUUACUUGCAUUUUCACAGGACGGGCACGAACACGACUGGGACGCACACUUGCCUCCUAGCUUAUCGCGGAGCAGUACACUCGUCCAGGGGGUUCACCCCUCACUGCCUUUGAAGUGGCCGUGACCUACGCCUCCCAGCAGACAUUCGCUGCCCCCUACCUACGCCCGUCCCGUGCACACUACAUGAGUACGUCACUCACCUCCGAGGUGUCAUACGCUCAGGACAUAAUGCGGCACGUGUCGCGCCAGGAACAAUGACACAACAGAGGUCAACAGUCAUGCCUUAUGGACACAAAGAAACGACACAGAAGACAUCUUUUCUCUAUAGGCUCAGCUUCCCCUUUAAUAAGGGGAUAACUGCCGAGGAGCCUUAUUUUUCACCUGAAGUGCAAAUUAGUUCUGUAAUUCCAUCAAUAAAUUCUUCACUACUGUUCCCUCUCAGUAGUCGUUAUCUAUAAGCAAAAGGGACCCGGGCUUACUCUCGAACGAUUCUCAGGGAUUUUUACAUCCGUUACCUCCUUGCUGGCAUUUUACGAAUGGUACCAACCUCCGACUGACAGGUGAUUGAGGGGUGGCAUCAUUGGCUCACGCGCGAUGGCCCCGCCGGGCCAGCCAUCAGCUCUCUAAAAGAGCCCGACAGGGGUCGACGCUGUGCUGCACCAGGAAGGUAGGGAUGUGAACACACGGCAACUGCCAAUUCCGAUGGAACCAACAGCUGCACGUGUCAACCACAGCACUGCAAAGUGGGACAUUGGAGUUUGCUGAAAAGUGGCUGACCACCACGUCUGAGGCAUACCCAGUCAGCAUUUGGCCCACUCUAAUGAAAUGUAGCCUUGUAGUGCCUGCGGUGGUAAUACUCAUCGGCCUCCGACUAAUCAAUAUCCACAGCCUUAGAAUUUAUAAGUUACACUAUGCUGUGAACGCAGUCGGUGAGAGACAUCUAUGGUCUACACUGCUGCUUCAGUACGGGGUUCAAACUUUCUACCGUCGAAAGACUACGCCGAGCGUUGUGGGCCCACCGCCGUCUGCACCGCCACCAGCUGCCUACAGUGUACGGCCAUAGCUCAGAUAAUGAUUCCCUGAUGAUAUUAAUAAGCAUUGUAAAAAAAUUCAGAAGACGAUGCAUACGCAGCCCCUCGGGAAAGGUGAUGUGAAUGCUCCGACCUUCCGUCCCUACAUACACUCUUUACCUUUCUCUUGAAAGUCUAGAGCACGAGAAAUGUGCAGAUGAGAACGGAAACCUGAUUUCCAGGAAGAACUUAACUCCACACUCUCAAAUCUCUGGCAUACAUAAAUUAAAGGUAUGAGACGAAUUUUCAACCAGAUCAAAGAUAUGAGGUAAACGACUGAGCUUUUCGUCGGUAUUAGAGAUUUCUCAGUGCUGUUGUAGGGAGGCGACUGGACGAAGAUAGGUUAUUCUGCACAAGUCCUGAUGGGGGUUUUCAAGGAUAGAUCUGUCGCAAAGACGAUUCGGAUUCUUAAAACACACGAGCCGUGAGGACGUCAAGUAGAUAGAAAUCCCGAAAAAAGUAAAAUACUCCGAGGUCGAAAAUUUCAAAGCAAAAAGUCUAGUGACGUUGGGGGAUGUCACAUACGACGAUGAAAUCUGUGCCACAUGUUUCCGACUAAUCCAUAAAUGUUCGAAAAUGGAGGGAGAGUUAAAAGGUCUGAAAAUGGAGGUAGAAAAGUUAAGGAAGCUUACCCACCGCUUAGGUGAAGAGAAAAAGCCGACGAAUUUGGCAAUCCAGAAUACGAAAAAGCGUACGCAACCACGCUGAAGCUGGCCACGGUUCGUCCAAGGGACUAGAAACAGUUGGAUGCCAGUCUCUUAGGCGAAAAAAGAUCAGCCAUAGCGAACUCAGAGAACAAAGAAACAUUCCAAGAAAAUAACAUGCACCUCUGUACGGUCCAAAAAACGAAGGCCGCUUACAUACACGCAGACCAGCAGAGGAUGACGGCCAGGAGGCCUACGAAGGACCGCCGGAGGCUCCCAACUAUGUUGAACAAUAAAGGCAUCAGAAAACCUUGUGUGCCGAAACCCAGCCAGAAAAAUCCAAGACGAGGCUUCGAAAGAAACCGAGAUUAGCUUUUUCGACGAACCACACGGAAACACAGAAGAAAGUGUUGUCAACACGAAGAUGAAUGAAUCCUACAAGUAUUUGAGUUUCGUUAGUCCAAUAGCUAGUUCAUCCGGAGCCAGCGAAAAGAUGUGCGACAACAACGGGCGCUAGAUUAAGCCACAAUCAAAAGGUAGUUAUGAAUAGAGUACCCGUGUAGCUGACAGACAUAAACGGCUGCUUAAAUAGACAAGGGAGCAAGGGUGUCUGGACACUAUCUGUUUACUUUCUCUCACUUUUUUCCACCCGAGGUGCGUGAAGAAGACGACUCUCCCUCCCCGGUGGCAGCUACCAACUCCACCUUCCCCGGAUAACUGUGAAGUUAACGUUUUGUUGGAUUAAUCGAUCCCCUUUUUCGACGCCUCGUUCUACGUUCCAUUCCCCCAUCCUAAAAUAAACCUUGGUGUAUUACGCGUCUUAUCGUGUGCCUGAAGGUUGCUAUUCGAUGAUGAAUGCUUGCAAAGACGACCAUAACGAUUCACAGACCGGACACAGUGCUCCAGUCCCCAACGUUCCGUCUCAGGCAACCCAUAAGGACGCGAGUGAGCUCUCGGCCACCGAACCCUUUUCGAGGUCGGACGUUACAAUGGUGGCAACGAACGAGCCGAGCCCGCAACCUAAAAACAGUACAACAAACCCUAUUCCGUUUUCUUUUAAGCUCUACGAAGGGAGUAAGGAUUUUUCGUGCUGGCUUCGCCGCCUUAACUUCCACCUAGACGAUGUUUCACAAAACAAACGCAGCCGUACGGUACUUCAACAUCUAGCAGACGACCAGAUGAACAAGGCACUGGAUGCCGGCCUCAUCCGCCACACCCCUUUCCAGGUGCUGUGCGACCAAUUGCAGAGGCUAUUCCAACCCCCAUUGUCCAUAGAGGAAGCCAUUGACCAGUUACUAAAACGUUCCUUAAGGAGCCACGAAACCCCUCGGCAGUUCGUCGACGCCUUGCUUCGGCUCGCACGCGACGCCUACCCCUCACUGUCAGCGGCUGAUAGAGACCAAGUGGUUCUUUACCACUUCAAACGCGGCCUCGGGUCCCAAGAGGCAGCGUAUUCCCUGAGGAUUCAGCCACCGGGGGAUCUCAACGAAGCCAUCCAGCGAGCAUCCCGCAUGCUAACGACCGACGCUCCAACAGGUGACAAUCACUCUCGGGCUGAAUUGUGGAAAACCACACCAGACCGCAGACAACAAAACAACACCUCCUGGCCCAGACCACACUACCAGCCUUCACAGCGAUUUAACCGCGGCAACCGACCUACAACAUUCCACACGCCCUAUCGACCCCCACCGCUCAACGCUGAGCCAAGACAAUUCCGGGGAGAUAGAGACAGCGCUGCGGCGGCGAUUACACGUCACAUAGUUUACCGUUUUACACGACGAUUUACCUAG